GGGAAGUAUGGAUUUGACCAUAAACAUCUAUUUCCGCGAGAAAUGGCAGGACCUUGGAUUGGCCUAUUCUGAAAUAUACCCAAACGUGUCCAAGAUUACGCUAGAUCGACAGUACCACGAUAAAAUCUGGGUGCCAGAUUUAUUCUUCCCCAACGAGAAGGGCAGUACCCGACACGAUGUGACCACGCCCAACCAGAUGGUGAUUCUCUACCCUAAUGGUACCGUCUUCCACAGCGCAAGAUAUACAAUCCGUCUCGCCUGCCCCAUGAACCUCACACGAUUUCCUUUGGAUAACCAAGUUUGCAGCCUGAAAAUCGAAAGCCUUAGUCACGUUAUUGACGAGAUGAAGCUGGUUUGGUUUGAACGAGAUGCUAUCGAGACGGCGCCCGACAUAGUACUGCCUCAGUUCGAGCUUUAUGGCCACAACAUUGUAAACUGUACAUCGUCUUAUAUUAGCGGUGAUUUCACCUGCCUAGAGGCCAAAUUCUAUCUGGUGCGGAGGUUUGGCUUUUACCUUGUCCAAAUCUACGUACCAAGUACCUUGAUCGUGACGCUGUCGUGGGUUUCGUUCUGGAUCAACCACGACGCUGUCCCCGCCCGCAUUUCGUUGGGCGUCCUCACGGUCCUGUCGAUGACCACCCAGAGUAUCGGUCUCAUUGCCAUGCCAAAGGUUACCUACAUCACGGCCAUUGACCUCUGGAUCGCCAUCUGCGUCUGCUUCGUCUUCUCGUCCACGCUGGAGUUCGCCUUUGUCAACACCCUGGCCAGACGGGACGUCCGGUUGUCCUUCCGACGUGGGCCGUUGUCCGAGCAGAAUCACCGAGAUAUUCCAUCUGACGACACCCAUAAGAUGAUAAUGAUUGCCAAUGGCCGACCUCCGCCGCCAUGCCGUUCUCUGUCAUUCCGCAGACACCGGUCUAUGGCUAAACGAUUAGAUAAAAUAGCUCGUGUAGCCUUCCCUUUAACCUUUAUUAUCUUCAAUGUGUUUUACUGGACUUACUAUUUGCACAUAUCACGCCAAGCUGCCUGA